AAAUUUUCAUUUGUCAACUAGAAAAAAUAACAAUCCGGAAAACUCGAGAUAUUUCUGUACCUAUAUUUUAUUAACUGGUCCCCGCUGUAUAUGCGUAAUAUCCACACAAAACCAUGGCACAAAAUGCUAGUCAAUCCACGGACGAGGAAUCUUUAAAAACUUUGUUCGAUGAAGCCAUGAAAAUGUAUGAUAAGAUUGAAAAUGGUAACGAAGCGACUAACAGCGAUGCGGUACAGCUGUCAAUAAAAGCAACCAUAGGAAAAUUUGAGAAGGCGACCAAUCUUGUCUCGCUAUCAGGCAUGUUCAGUAAGAAUGAGGAUUUGGAGGAACUGCCCACAGAAACAUUACAAUAUUUGCUAUUACCAGCUCUUCUGGGAACACUCACUUUGAAGCUGUGUGGCCAGCCACGGAAAGGUGUUAUACAAGUUGCAGAGAUAUACUUUAGGGAUUUCCUACAGAGGUGCAAGGACUAUGGUGUGACGGAUGUGGAGGUGCCACAGACAAUGGGCAGUGAGAGUACUAGCCGGCAGCAGACUGAACAAGCAAAUAUUGCUAACAUGGUCCUCUCAAGACAAGCAAAGAUCAAAAGAUACAAGGAGAUGAAAGAGCUCAAGGAAAAGCUGUCCACAUUGUCCAAGGCCAUGUCGUCACCAACUGCUGAUGAUGCCACCAAGAGGGAGUACUUCGUCACCAUGCUGCUGGACUAUGUGAACCAGGCCUUAGAGGAGCUGAGCAGCAUAGAGCAGGAAAAGCCUAUUUUGGAGUACAUGGCUAAAAAGGUUGGAGAACAUAAAGCAGAGAAGCGAGAGCGCGCACCUCCUCUGAAGCCGGUGAUCAUCACCCGCGACGCGGUGCAGAAAGCCGUGUUCGGCGCCGGCUACCCUUCUCUGCCCACUAUGACCGUAGAGGAGUUUUACGACAAGAGAGUGAGGGACGGAAUAUUUCCGGGUUCCGGUUCCAACAUACCGCACGCCACUAUACAAAACGCAGACGCGGAUCCCGAUGAAGCAGAGCAAAUGAGAAAGGAGCGCCUCGUGGAAGAUGACGACCCGGAGGAAGUAGCGCGACAACGCAGCAUGGAUGAGUACAAAGACGAUCAUCGGCGUGGAUGGGGGAACCGCCACAACAGAAGCUAGUCUGUUAAGCUUUGUCGACGUGUGUGAUGCCUCAACAAUUAUAUCAACAAUAUCAACUAUACCAACAACAUCAACUACACCAAUAAAAUCAACUAUGCCAACAAGAUCAACUAUUGCAAUAACAUCAACUUAUACCAUGCAAUAAAUGCUUCGUUAUAAUU